AAAAAGUAUUCCUUAGAUUCCCUCUAAACUACUUUCGUCUCACCUUAAAUCUGUGCAUUCUGGCCUGUUCUGGUAAAUGUUUUUUUUUAUUGUCUACCGAAUCCUGUCCUUCAUAUUUAGUAAGCAGUGUCGAGCUAAAAGAUCGCCUAUAAUUCAGUUAGCAAACGGACCAAAGAGCCGAUCCUUACUACUAUUCACAGAACUUAACACAAACAACAGUCCAGAAAACGCCCAGAGUGAAAGAUGGAAAGGCGCAGGCGCGGAACAGCUUGUGGCCAAAGUCCCGCCCCCUGCGUGGAGCAUGCGCACUGUGACUACAAAAAAACAAAGCGGAGCGACUGUGGCCCUUAGCAAUGUCGAUCGCGCGACGUCACGUCUUUAAUCAGGGCGGCAGGGCCAGGCGGACUGUUAAUGAGUCCCCGGUAUCAUUCAACCUACGCUGCAACACCUCUCCUGUCCUACCCACCAGUUCCUAGUUUCUUCUCCCGUUACCACCGAGUCCGAGCACAACAAAAGACCGGCCCGAGGCGCUUCCAGAAUGCACCGCGACCCCGGGAAGCAUGCGCACUUUCCGCCAGGAGAAUCAAGAUGCAAGGCUGAGCGGUUGCUACGCGCAGAGAAUUGUGGAUUCUGUGACAGCCAUUAAUCCGUGGCUUUGGGUUUCAGAAGGUGAAGAUAUGUGGACAGAAUCAACAUUCUCACUUAAUCCGCUGAGACUCUAAUAUUGCCAUCCUUUGAUUAUGGAAGCUAAAAGCCCCAUUGACAGUGGGGAGAAACCAUAUUCAUGUUCACUGUGUGGGCGAGGCUUCACUCGAGCGUCUGGUCUGUCAAGGCACAGGCAUAGUCAUGUCGGGGAGAAACCAUGCAAGUGUGGAGAUUGUGGGAAGGGAUUCAGUUACCCCUUUGAACUGGAAAUUCAUCGGCGCAGUCACACUGGAGAGAGGCCAUUCAUCUGCUCGGUGUGUGGCAAAGGAUUCACUCAUUUUUCUGCUCUACUGAAGCAUCGGCGCGUACACACUGAUGAGAGACCUUUCAACUGCCCAGAUUGUGGGAAAUGCUAUAAAAGUUCAGGAGAACUUACAUGCCAUCAGCGCAUACACACUGACGAGAGACCGUUCAGAUGCUCUCACUGUGGGACUGGUUUCCGGCGAUCAUCCGACCUCACUGUGCACCAGCGUACUCACACUGGGGAGCGCCCGUUCACCUGCUCCGAGUGUGGCAAAGGAUUUCCCCAGUCAUCCCAGCUCACAGCUCAUCAGUUAGUUCACACUGACCAGAGGCCUUUUAAGUGUUCCGACUGUGAGAAAAGUUUUAAAAGCAAAAAGGUUCUGGUAACUCACCAGCAAGUUCACACCGGGGAGUGGCCAUUCAUCUGCUCUGUUUGUGGGAAAGGAUUUGCGCGUUCCUCCCACCUCCAGAAGCAUCAACGCGUUCACACGGGAGAGAGACCAUUCUUCUGCUCUGUGUGUGGGAGAAGGUUUGCCCAGUCCUCCACACUACUGAGACACCAGCGAAUCCACAAAUACCUUACACCAAGGUUCUGGGCCAUCAUAAGCCAGAGCUCCGAAAUGAACUGGGGACCGCGGUCUGAGGAAGCAUUAGACGGGGUGCCAAACCGAGUCACCCAGGUGCUAAUGAGCACUCAAGCCACAUCUGUGGCCGUCAUCGAUGCUAUCAUCCACUGUGGUAAGGAGGUGUGUGAAACCAUGAGAGGGGGGAAGAGGACCAACAAGGUUCACAUUGACUUGAUCAAACCGUCGCUCAGGGACCUCAAGUGGUGCCAAUGGCGCCUGGACGUGACGAUGAUGAACCUCCCAGAGAAGAAUCCUCCUGUGUGUGAGGCCUUCCAGACAGGCCAACUCUCAGUGCAGCUGUCAAGUAACAGCCCCUUUGGGCAGAUCCCUGUGGACCAGGCUAUUGAAGCCACAGUGAACAAAGACACACAGACUCCUGGAGGCACAUCACGGUUCAGCCUGAGUGCCGGAGCUAUCGAGCGUUACUACCUAACAGCUGAGCACCGCAGUGCAUUCCUGGGACAGUUCAGGGAGAUGAUGCAAGGCAACAGAUCAGAGCUUUGUCAUGCGGAGCUACAGCAGCCAAGAAUCCAGAAAGAUGAGGAAGCUCUUUCAGCAGUGGGCACCGGCCAUCCAUCAAGCCGGUCCGCCUUGCUGUCUCUGCAAGAAUCUAACAAGCAGGGAUCUACUCAGUCAUUUGCCGAGAAGAUACAUCAGCGAGUUCACACCAUAGUGAGAUCGUUCACCUGUUCUGACUACGGGAAGCAAGUCAUUCUGUCAUCCAAGCUGAAGAUCCAUCUGAAAAUUCACACUGGUGAGAGGCUGUUCACUUGUUCCACAUCCGGGAAGAGAUUCACUCACUCAAUCUACCCACAGACAGACCAAUUCCACCUGCAGACACAGCGGUCAGUUCACACUGAAGAGAUGCCAUUCACCUGCUCAGACUGUGGGAAGGGGUUUCUUCACUUAUCUCAACUGAAAGUGCAUCAGCGAAUUCACACUGGGGAGAGGCCGUUCACCUGCUCGGACUGCGGGAAGGGAUUUCCUCAUUCAUCUCAACUGAAGGUGCAUCAGCGAGUUCACACUGGGGAGAGGCCAUUCACCUGCUCAGACUGUGGGAAGGGAUUCACUCAGUCAUCCCACCUACAGAGACACCAGCAAGUUCACACUAGGGAGAGACCGUUCACCUGUUCCGUGUGUGGGAAGGGAUUCACUCAGUUAUGCAACCUACACGCACACCAGUCAGUUCACACUGAGGAAAAACCUUUCAUCUGCUCAGACUGUGGGAAGGGAUUCGCUCGGUCAUCUCAACUGAAUGUACAUCAGCGAGUUCACACUGGGGAAAGACCAUUCACCUGCUCAGACUGUGGGAGAGGAUUCUCUCGGUCAUCUGACCUAUUGGCACACCAGUCAGUUCACACUGGGGAGAUGCCAUUCACCUGCUCGGAAUGUGGGAAGGGAUUUCCUCGGUCAUUUCAAUUGAAACUACACCAGCGAGUUCACACUGGGGAGAGGCCAUUCACCUGUUCCGAAUGUGGAAAGGCAUUCAGUCAAUCAUCUGACCUAUUGGCCCACCAGUCAGUUCACACUGGGGAGAGGCCAUUCACCUGCUCUGAAUGUGGGAAGGGAUUCACUCGCUCAUCUGACCUAUUGGCGCACCAGUCAAUUCACACUGGAGAGAGGCCAUUCUCCUGCUCAGACUGUGGGAAGGGAUUCUCCCGGUCAUCUCACCUACAGAUACACCAGCGAGUUCAUACAGGGGAGAGGCCGUUCACCUGCUCAGACUGUGGGAAGGGAUUCACUCGUUCAUCUCACCUGCAGACACACCAGUCAGUCCACACUGGAGAGAGACCAUUCAUCUGCUCAGAAUGUGGGAAGGGAUUCACUCGGUCAUUUCAACUGAAGGUACAUCAACGAGUUCACACUGGAGAGAGGCCGUUCACCUGCUCACACUGUGGUAAGGCAUUUACUCAGUCAUCCAGCCUGCAGAUACAUCAGCGAGUUCACACUGGGGAGAGGCCGUUCACCUGCUCUGAAUGUGGGAAGGGAUUCACUCAGUCAUCCACCCUUGUGGCGCACUACCGAAUUCACACUGGAGAGAGGCCGUUCACCUGCUCUGAAUGUGGCAAGGGAUUCACUCAUUCAUCCAACCUUGUGAUGCACUAUAGAGUUCACACUGGGGGAAAGUUUAAAUAAGCUGCAUGCUGGAUAUUUGACUAUCAUGGUUGCUCAAUGGAGAAGCAACUUCAAAAGUGACUGCUGGUGUUGUAAACUUAAAUUUGCUGGAACCAAUAACCACAACACACACAGUUCUUUACUUUAUCCUUUCACCAGUUUACUUGUUGGAACACAGCCGUCGAAAAGCUUGGAGCCAAACAUCAGGGAGACAGAAUCUCAAUCUCAAUCUCUCUCUCCGUCUCUCCCCCUCCCCCUCGUGACGAGCUUCUGACUAACUUGCAGAAACGACACAAUUUAUAGAACUAGGAAACAAAGAGCACUUAGAGAAACUGGUAUUCUUCUGUUGAAGCAAAACUUAAUUACUUAGAUAACUAAAUCAGAGCUUUAAUUAAAAUAAAGGAAUGUUCUGUCCAGUCUUUAUCAGUUACUCCCUUUCAUUAGAAACAAGGAGGGAGCUUAGUUCACGGGUGCAAAACUGUGAGUUGUUAAUCUAAGCAAGCUGAAGGCAGAUUCCUUAGCGAAGGACAAACGUUGCACACUCUCCAUACAGAGCACACACAAGCUGCCGCUUAAUUUUAACCCGUUAUUUACAAGAAUCCGAGAAUCAUUUCUUAGUCCCCCAAUACCCUUAAAACUUAAUCAGUGUUCGACACAGCCAUUUCUGCACCCUGGCCACUGGGCAUAAAACAAAUUUAUUCUGGUAAUGUUCACUUUCAAUGGGAGAGGAGUUUCUGGAUCUGUGCAAAUAAAUCAGUUUUAUUUUAAACAGUGUUUUUCAGGUUUAAAAUACCCAGUGUACACCAGGGAGUCUACUCAGCCCAGCUGGUCCCUGCCAGUGUUUCUGUUCCACAACAGUCCUUUUAAAUCCUUCCCUACUGUUCGCUACUUGCUCUCCCUAUGAUGAUGGUCACCACUCUGUGGGUGAAGAGGUAUCCCUUAAUUUUCCUGCAUGUCUUUCUGCAGACUGAAGAAGAUGAGCUGACUGCAUUUAUGCCUGAAAUACUCUUCAUCCCUCAAAUCUCUGCGCUGAGGCAAAAUUACAUUGGUAAAGAACCUCAUUAAUCCCUGCUCUUUUCAAUAUUAUAGAUCAUUCUCAAAGCUUCUAUAGGGAUGUGUCUCACACUAAUGGGUUCUUAGGAUACACCAGUGUCCUCUAACAUCUGAAAGCAUUAGCUGGGGAACCUUCAGUUGGAUAUCGAAUGGAGCAGGGCCAGAAAUCAGAGACAAGUCAGCGCAGGGCAGAGUUUUUGGGCAUAUGAUGAUGACUGUGGAAACAGCCAGGGAGUAGGGGCAAAAGUGUAGCAAUGAAAGACAGUAGCAACAUUUGGAAGCUGGCAGAGAAAAAAACUUGGUUAAUUUGACUACUGACAAUGCCUGUUAACAUUGAGUAUAUUGCUUGUGGAAGCUUCUUGCAUUCAGCCGGCCACUGAGUUCUCAUAAAUAUAUUGACUGCUUUGGUACCAUUUGGCAGAGGGGAGUUGAUGCUUGUAAAUGCUUUCAAUAGUAAUGAUCUUAUCCAGAAAUCUGAGCUUCAGAAUGUACUAUCACUGCGAAUCAAGUGUGCAGGUGCCGCGAGUCCCAAGUUGUGUCGAAAGGCACCCAUAUGACAGGAGUAGGAGCAGAAUUAGGCCAUUCAGCCCAUCAAAUCUGCUCCACCAUUUCAUCGUAGCUGAUCCUGGAUCCCACUCAACCCCAUACACCUGCUUUCUCACCAUAUCCCUUGAUGUCCUGAUGAUUAGGAAACUAUCAACUUCCGCCUUAAAUAUACCCACAGAAUUGGCUUCCACCACAGUCUGUGGCAGAACAUUCCACAGAUUCACUACCCUGGCUAAAAAAAAAUUAUUCCUUACCUCAGUUCUAAAAAGGUUCUCCCUCAAUUUUGAGGCUGUGCCCUCUAGUUCUGGAUACCUCCACCACAAGAAACAUCCUCUCUACAUCCACACUAUCAAGUCCUCAAUAUUGGGUAGGUUUCAAUGAGAUCCUCACACAUUCUUCUAAAUCCCAGUGAGUAUAGGACAAAAGAUGCCAAGCAGUCCUCGUAUGUUAACCCCUUCUUUCCCAGAAUCAUCCUUGUGAACAUCCUUUGAACUUGCUUCAAUGACACCACCAUGAAACCUGAAACCUGCCCCCUUGACAUUGUCCCCACUGCCCUCCUGAAGGAUGCCUUUGACAUAGCCGGUCCCAGCAUCCUCUCUAUUAUGAACAGUUCCCUGGCUACUGGUACCAUUCCAACCUGCUUCAAGCGUGCCAUGGGCCAGCCCCUCCUGAAAAAACCCAACUUAGACCUUACCUUACCAGUAACUACAGACCUAUUUCUAAACUUCCAUUCCUGUCAAAGGUUCUUGAAAAGGUUAUUCUUCGUCAAUUGCUGCCCUACCUACACCAACAACAUCCUGGAAAGAUUUCAGUCAGAUUUUAAGGCUUAUCGUAGCACAGAGUCUGCCCUGCUGAAAGUGUACAAUGAUCUCCUCCUCUCGACCGACUCAGGUGACUCUGCCAUCCUAAUUCUUCUUGACCUCAGCAAAGCGUUCAAUACUGUGGAUCAUGCCUUUUUAAUAGACCGUCUCCAGUAUGGGAUUGGUGUUUAUGGCACUGCCUUGAACUGGUUCACAUCCUUCCUCAAAAAUAGAAGCUUCUCUGUCAACAUAGGCAGAUGUUUCUCUUCCCCAGCUAGUUUCUCCUGCGGCGUCCCACAAGGUUCCAUCCUAGGUCCAAUUCUUUUCUCUAUAUACAUGCUUCUCCUUGGCCAAAUCAUUCAAAAGCACGACAUUUCCUUCCAUUGUUAUGCUAACAACACACAGCUUUAUCUUCCCUUGAAACCAAACAACCAGUCAAAUCUGGUCAGCCUCAUGAACUGCCUUGAGGACAUAAAGUGUUGGAUGGCACAAAGCUUCCUACAACUGAAUGAAGGCAAGUCUGAAGUUGUCCCAUUUGGACCCCCUGACUCCAUCAAAGUGAUUACCAACAGUCUUGGUAACUUGUCCACCCUUGUCAAAACCCAUGUUAAAAAUCUUGGUGUGAUAUUUGAUUCCGCGUAAGUUUGACAAGCAAGUAAAGCCAGUAUUUUCAGCUUUGUACUAUUGCCAAAAUCAAGCCAUUUCUCUCUUUCAAAGAUCUCAAAGUCAUCCACGCCCUUAUAUCCUCCAGCUUGGACUACUCCAACUCCCUGUGUAUUGGGAUUAGUCAGUCAUCCCUGUCCCGCCUGCAACUAGGCCAGAACUUAGCAGCCCAGAAGAGGGACCAUAUUACUCCUGUUUGUUUAUAAAACCCUAAAUGUGCUGGUCCCCUGCUAUAUCACUGACUGUCCCGCGAACUAAAUUUCAGUUCAGGGGUGACUACGUCUUUGCUGUUGCAGCCUCUAGACUCUGGAACAGAUCUGCACCCUCCAUUGACUCUUUUGUCCAGGCUCAAAACUUACCUUUAUUCACUAGCAUUUGAAUCUUCCUGAUGUGGCUGAUUUUUGGCUUGUACCGAGGUUCAUGUGUUGUUUAUUUUGUGCCUGUAAGCUGAGUGCCUUGAUGUUUAAAUCUGUAUUUCUUGUAUUUGUCAUUUUAGGCACCUGUUAUGGUUUGUGCAGCACUUUGGUCCACAUGAGUUGUUUUUAAAUGUGCUUUAUAAAUAAAUUUGAUUUGACUUGA